AUGUACGCCAAGACAGCCCUCCUCGCCCUCCUCCCCGCCGCCGUCAUGGCCUGGGACCCUAAGCUCUGCAACGGCGUCGGCGGCUGCCAGGGCCUGACCUGGAUCUCCGAGUACGGCUACCGGUGCCCCAGCGGCGCGACCAUCGGGCUCCAGCCCUACGCCCAGGCCCUCGGCGACAUCGCCCAGGGCCGCUACGAGUACGUCGCGUCCGACGAGUUCCCGGCCUCGUGCGAGCCGCAGGGCGGCAGCCCCGGCGCCGCCGACACCACGCAGCUCGUCAAGCACGUCGUGGGGGAUACCGGCAUCACGAUUUACGGGUACAUCACCGACCAAUGCACCGAGACCGAGGUCGCCGCGCCCGGGGACUGCUAUACUGCUAACCCCAACCCGUCUCCAUUCACCACUUGCCGAACCACCGAGAAGGACAUCAAGACCUUCUGCAGCGAGGACGAGUCCCUGCACCUGUAA